UGCAUGAAGUUGGUUCUCGAGGACCAGGGUUCCCUACCCCUGCUCUAUAGGAUCAGUUAAUGCUGAAUUUUUAAAACCGAGAAAAUAAACUACAACUGUGAAGAAACCAAGAUUUUUUUGAGUUAUUUAAACUUUCUCAUCCUAAAAGCUUUAUUUUCAGCAAAAAAAUAUUUACAUCAAACCAGGAGAAACAAAAGAAAGGCGAGCUGAACUUUAAACCCAGAUGGAGAAACUGGAUUAUUUGUUCCAUCUCUAAAUCUGGGAAGGAAGUAAAUGCUAAAAACUCACGUCCCAUUAAAGCAAAACAGUUGAACCAGUUACAAACCGGUGGCCUUUUACAGAUUUAUUCUACAAAAAGAGGAAAUCUUUUUUUUUUUUGUUUUGUUUUUUGCAUUAUUGUUCUAUUGCUUGUGUUCUGAUGAAAGAGCAGAGUCACCUAUAAAUGAAGGCAUUCCUGCACAGCUGCACCCGUAGAACCGGUUUGGUUGGGAGCGCAGUGAGAAGGGAGGGGUCAAGGAGGGAACAAGGAAAAGACGAGUGACUGCAAACGGACUGAAACCUGACAGGAGAUGAAAACCCUGUGAGAUAAGCGAAGACAGCCAAAAAGACUGUACAGUGAUGUCGCUCCCUGGUUCUGGUCUGUGCGAGGAUCAGUUCACAUGCUCCAUCUGUCUGGAUCUGUUCGACAACCCGGUCUCCACGCCGUGCGGCCACAGCUUCUGCCAGAGCUGCAUCAGCUCCUACUGGGAUGGGAAAGGAGGCGGCGCCGGAGGAGGGCGGGCCGCGAAGCCGUACCACUGUCCUCUGUGCAAGGAGUCCUUCCGCAGGCGACCGGAGCUCCACAUCAACCGAACCUUGAAGGAAAUCACGGAGCAGUUCAAGCAGAUGGCCAACAGUACGCUGGGGGGCGAAGGAGUCGGGCAGGUGGACCCUCCCACUCCCCGACAGGUGACUCCAGUAGAGCCGGACGGGAGUUAUGACCCACCGCCUCCCUACAUCGCACCUCCCAGGGUUACUCCGAGAAGACCCAGUGACGUCUCUCCCAACCUCCCGCUGUGUCCCAUCCACAUGAGAGGCCUGGAGUUGUUCUGUCGCACAGACAACAUCUGCAUAUGCAGCCUGUGCAUGGAGACGGCCGGCCACAGAGGGCACAACGUGGUCACCGCCAUGAGGGAGUGGCAGAUCAAGAAGACGCAGAUUGGCAUAGCUGACACGGAGCUGAGAGAGCUGAUCGUCGAGAGGGAGAGGAAAGUCGAGGAGGUCCAGAACUCCAUUCGAGAGAUAGAGGUCGCUGCUGAGAGGGAAACAGAAGGAACGGUCUUCGCUUUUGCUCAGCUGAUCUCCAUUCUGGAGCGGUGCCAGUCUGACGUGUUGGAGGUGAUUGAGAUGACUCUUCGCUCCGCUCAAGUCAAAGCUCAGAGUUUGCUGAAAGAGCUGAAAGAAGACAUCGACAUGCUCAAAAAGAAGAGUUUAGCUAUGAACCGGCUGGCUGAUUCUGAAGACUACAUUACCUUUCUGAAGUCCUUCCCUGCUCUGGCCACGCCUACCACUCCAAAGACCUGGACCAAUAUCUCUGUUUCAUCUCAGCUGACGUCAGGUGUUGUUCUCAAAAACGUCAAUCUGAUGAUGAACCGCCUCCAGGAAGAGAUAAGGAAGCUUCCAGAAAUCUGCCGACAAUCCACGUCAACCCACUUGGUUCCAAGACCAAACCCAAGAGUUAAAAGGGUUCAAGAAUAUGCAGAGAACAUCACUCUCGACCCAAAAACAGCCCACCCGCGUCUCAUCAUUUCAGCCGAUGGGAAGCAGGUGCGCUGCACUGACCACUACCAGGGGGUGCUGGACUACCCAGAGCGCUUUGACAGGGUGGUGUGCGUCAUGGCCCACCAGGGCUUCAACGCAGGACGCCAUUACUGGGAGGUGGAAGUUGGAGAAAAGACUGACUGGGAUCUUGGUGUUGCAAGCCACUCUGUUAAUCGUAAGGGGAAAAUCACGGCAAGCCCCGCCAAUGGAUACUGGUUUCUCAGUCUUCGGGAUCGGACCGAGUACGUCUUCCGAACAGAUCCUGCAACCAACCUGUCGGUUAACAUCAGACCCUCUCGGAUCGGAAUCUACUUGGACUGCGAUAAGGGGAUGGUGUCCUUUUACAACGCGGAGGCCAAAGUCCUGAUCUACACAUACUCAGACAGUUUCCCGGAUACCAUCCAUCCAUUCUUUAGCCCCUGCACCAACAUGUCAGGGCAGAAUGAGGCUCCAUUGGUCGUCUGUCCACUUACAAUAACACAUUGAAGAAAGACCACCUUCCUCUAUCUGUGAAACACCAACAUAUUUCAUGUCUGUAGUGAGGCGACUGAUGACUUUAAUUCUUCCAAUGUGAGACAUUUAACGACAGAUCAAAUCUGUAAAUGUCAGUGUCUGUCAGGGAUCUUGAAUUCAUUUGUUGAAGUUUACUUAGAAUCAGCAGUAAUCAAAACGGGCCUUACUGAAAAAAAACACAAGAUCCUUUACCAUCCAAGUUUGAAGAUUGAGUUUAAAAAAUCAUGUACAGGUAUUAUAUGGUCCUUCAAAUACUUUGUGUGCUUGCAUUUUGUGGAAAACUAAGGACUGUAAUGUUAUUUUGGAUAAUCUCCAAUUUGGCGAUCAGAAUGACCAAAUAAACUGAUCUGAAGACAUAAAACGUAAGAAAGUAAACCUGGAAAUACAGUGUAAAUAUUGUCUGAGGAUUGCUUUACCUAAAUGUUCUUUUUCCUGAAAUAAACUUGAUGAUUUUCUCUGAAAAUUUAAUACUAAGUGAAAACAAUAGUUGUAAAUAAUUGAUAAAUCAUACCAGCCAAACUUUUUUAAU